CCAAAGCAGCAGAGAGGUCUCUGUCCUCCUGUUUUAUCCUCCUUGUGAAGGGCUCUGCGGUAAAAGUGGACUGUUUGCUACAUGAACCACCAGGUCGUGAGCUCCGGUUUGUGUCCCGGUAGCUGUUAGCUCGGUCUAACCGUAAAUCACUGCAGGCUGAAGUGAGUUAGAGUGGAGCAUACCGAGCCGAGCCGAGCCGAGCGACGGCGUUAGUAGAGUCAAAAUGGCGUCUGUCUGCCCACUCCACUGUCGUUUAAUCCAUCUGUGAAAGCUCCGAACUGCAGCUACCUGUGCCUGUUUCCCACUGUUUCCUGUUUGUAUUCGUCAGCACUGAUUCUGUUGGAGCACAGCUCAUCAUGUCGGACUCUGAGGAGGACAGCCAGGACAGGCAGCUCAAGAUAGUAGUGAUCGGAGACGGAGCCUGUGGGAAGACAUCACUCGCCACCAGGUUUGCACAGGAGGCCUUUGGGAAGCAGUACAAACAAACCAUCGGCCUGGAUUUCUUUCUGAAGAGAAUAAGCCUUCCAGGAAAUAUGAACGUCACCCUGCAGGUGUGGGAUAUCGGAGGCCAAACGCUAGGAGGAAAAAUGCUGGACAAAUACGUAUAUGGAGCUCAUGGGGUUCUCCUGGUUUAUGACAUCACAAAUUACCAGAGUUUUGAGAAUCUGGAGGAUUGGUUCAGCAUGGUGAAGAAGGCCAAUGAGGAAUCUGACGUCCAGCCUGUCGUCUCCCUGAUUGGGAAUAAAAUCGACCUGGAGCACAUGAGGACAGUGAAGGCUGACAAACACCAGCGUUUCUGCCAAGAAAACGGCCUCAUUAGCCAGUUCGUAUCAGCCAAGACGGGGGACUCGGUAUAUCUUUGUUUCCAGAGAGUGGCAGCUGAGAUUCUGGGUGUGAAGCUCAACAAAGCAGAAAUCGAGCAGUCCCAGCGUGUGGUGAAGGCCGACAUCGUGAACUACAGUCAGGACACCGUGGCCCGGACAGUCAACCCCCCUCGCAGCUCCAUGUGUGUGGUGCAGUGACCACCUCCUACACACACCAACACCAAAAAAACACACACUUUCCGAUGUCAAAUUGUCUUCAGUCAGUAUUCCUGCUCUCCGGGGUGUCUGCUGCGGCUGGAUGAAGAGUGUCAGGAGUUUGAGUGAGAUGAAGAGCAGACUGUGUGGUUUUCGAGGCCUUGGCCUGUAGUUCGGAUAUUAAGCAGGGAUGGUUUUUGUGGGUGGCUCACCAAAAAGGAAACGGGAUUGCUGUUUCCCUUAAGUUUACACGCAGCUAUGAUUUUAUUUCUUUGAUUGAUUCUAAUUAAUUCUGAAGACUUCAGACGAUUAUUGAUUUAUGUGUUGGUUUAGAAGCUGUCUGCUCUAAUCAGUCACUCUGGUCACGGAGAAUAUUUUUAUAUAUGAUUCUAUUUUCCUCUGUCAUAGUUAUUGGAGACAUCAGAUCCAUGAUUAGAUAAACUGCAGCAUAUUUCUAAAUCUGUCAGCAUUAAUAAACCCAUCUCUGUCCCAGCACGGCAAGAGUUCAUGGGACGUACACAGGGAGGAACCAAACGCCCCCUUAUUGGACUUUUCUUCUUCUUUUGUGGUGCUUCUCAGUAAAAACGAAGGUAAUUGGCUUUAAAGUGCUGUAGUGAACUGAGACGAGUCUCUACUUAAACAAUUGCCAAUUAGAGGCUCCAACUCUUAGUGUAAUGUCUGAUCUAUUUACUUUCAUUUUAUAUAGAAAUAUUCUAAUUUUUAAAAUCUAGAAACAACACUGCAUUGUUAUUUUUAAUGUGUAUUCAGAGCUGUUUUUUCUGUAGCUUCUACUUUGCAUUUGAUGGUUUCCACAGCGAGACAUUCCCGGGUUAGUCCUGUUAGAAAUUGAGACGCCGUAUUGAUAAAGUGUUGAUAAAGCUCAGUGAACAUGGCUCAGGAGAAAUCUGAGAGUCCAGCCCAGCAUGAGCUGAAAUGUACAACAUUUUAGUAGCCUUAUUCAACUGUCCGUUCUAGAACAGAAGUUUUCAGUGAAGAUCGACUCUGAGGCAUGAGACGCUUCACGGGUCUUCAUGUUGGACACAUUUAGCUAGCCCGUUUAACAGUAUGUGUAAUGUUAGAGGCAGCUGAGCUUGUGUAUUUGAUCAGAUUUGUCAGAGUAGUUUCUACAUGUUGGCAUGAUGUGAUUUAACAUGGCGUCCAUCUCCUAAACUCUCUGCCAUAUGUGUAAAAUAUGUGUUUGUAAUAAAAGCAACCUCCGCUGCUCUUCAGAUGAGAAACUGUCAGAAUGCAUCCUGUAAAUCCUGAUCAUGUAAACAAGAUGUACGCUUAAAAAUACCCAAGAAUGUACAGUUUAAAGUGAAUGUUUAGUUGAUGUUACGCAGAGACACAGGGUUGUGUUUCUAAAUAAAAAUGUU